AUGCGCGUCGCUCAGCGUUUACUCAUGGCCACGCCAGCCUCGAUCGGCUCGAAAUCUAGUCUCAGCGAGGCACUCGCGCUGCUCCCACCGCUGCAGCUGUAUCGUCGCAUCCUGCGCGUUCAUCGCAAGCUCGACCCGGAGAUGCGCGUGUUGGGCGAUUCUUAUGUUAAGAAUGAAUUCCGCGCGCACAGGACUGUGGAAAACCCGCUGCAUAUUAUCGGAUUCUUGACUGAGUGGCAGCUGUAUGCGCAAAAGCUGGAGGGUGAUCAAUGGGCUGGGGAAAAGCUGGACAAGUCCAAGUUGGAUAAGAUGAGUGACCAACAACUUGGACAGUUGCUCGAGUUGAUGCAGGCUAUUCGAAAUGAUGAGGGAGAGAACAAAUGA